CUUAUUUGCCAGGAAGAAACGUUCCGUAUGCGUGGUGUCAACUUCACACAAAGUUGUUAAAUAAACAUUUAAAUUAUAAUUUACUGUGAUAUUAUAUUAAAUAUAUAAUAUAAAUAUUAUAAACAACAUAUGUAAACAUACAAAAAGCGUAUAAUAUUUCGUAACAAAAAAAUAUUGUACAAGGAAACAACUUACAUCGACGGAACCAUUAUCAAGUGUUAAUUAUAUUAAGCAGAAAAUUCAAAAAUGCCCACCACAUUUAGCGAAAUGGACCUCAGCACCCGUGCUAGACAUUGUAAUGUUGGAAUUUUUACUUCAUUUACUGCAAAUACAAAUCCAGUACACAUAUCAUGCAGUGGUUAUUAUGGUCAACAAAACUACCACUUAAUUAAGAAUGAUCAGCAGCCGGAGGAAGUAGCUAUGGAAAUGGAUAACACUGUUAACAGGAAGCGACCAGCAGAUAUUCCAGGAAGUGAAGAAAUUGAUAAAAAACGAUUUUGUCUAAAAAAUUUAAGCAAUUUUGAAGCAAAACAUGACGAAGAACUCAUGAGCAGUGCUGAAUAUGAAUUAUAAUAACUAUGUAUAGAGA